CAGGUUUCCAUGUUUACUGAUUGCAGCUGGAUCAUGAAAUGUUGAUGCGCGUGUUGCCGCGUACCAUGGGGCUUCCCUGGAACUUAAUCGUAUAUUGUUGACCGUUUGACAUCAUUGACAGGAACAUUCACUUCCCUGUCUCGCUCACAGCCUCGGAUAAUUGCAUUGGUAAUGCUCCAACGUGUGUAAUUUUGACACGGGGGAGCUGACGUGUUUCUGACAGGUGUUUUAAUGCAGAGGUAUUUACAAGGCUCUCAAUGGAAGGAGCUGAAUCGAUGGAUGGCUGCAUUCAUUCACUCUCCUCACCGCCCCCGUUUCAACAAAUUGGCCUGACCUAUGGUUGCAGGCAUCGUGAAGGAGCGUGGAGCAGGGAGGGUAUAAAUACUGGGAGAGGGGUCCCAGCCAGCAAGUAUCCUGAACCUUUGACUGCCUCCUCCUCUCUGCUGGACACAAGGCUGCAAACACCUCUGACACCAUGAAGGGUUUGAGGACCAUCACUUUGACAUAUGUUGGCCUGCUCACCCUUAUACUGCUGGCGUCGUUUAUCUCACAGUCGUGGGGCGCACCAAAGGGCUCUUUCCAACGGAGAAACUGGAGCCCGCAGGCUAUGCUGUACCUUAAGGGCACUCAGGGACGAAGAUUCAUCUCAGAGGAUCGUAAAGAAGGAGAUGUCUAUGACACAUUACACUUAGAGACCCGCAGUCAGAACACAGAGAAUCUGAGCGUGGACCAGGCCGCCGCCGUCCUGCUCAACUUCCUGCAGCAGACCAGAGAGGGAGCUAAGGAGAAUCCAAAUGAGGUGUAUUUCCAGGAGCUGCCGGUGUGGAAGAGAGAAUACUUUUGAUCGUCUUUCAUACAUUUCAUUUCUUCAGUCCUGUGUAAAAUUCCAGUUGUUUUGUAUCUAUAAAUUAUCUGACAAUGUUUGAAAUGUGAUGUUUUAAUAAAAGGAGUUUGAAUCCAUAGCA